AUGAUUGAUUGUAAACCGGCAGAGACCCCAAUGAUAGCAAAUCAGAAACUUCAAAUGGAACUCAAAGCCAAACUAGCUGAUAAAGAGAGAUAUCAAUGGUUGGUAGGGAAGCUAAUAUAUCUCUCUCAUACUCAACCAGAUAUAGCACAUGCAGUUGGUGUAGUUAGUCAAUUCAUGCACCAACCACAAGUCGCUCACAUGGAAGUCGUCUUGAGAAUUAUUAGAUAUCUCAAAGGUACCGUCGGUCAUGGGGUCUUGUUUCAACCAAACGGAAAUUUGAAUGUCGAAGCGUAUACUGAUGCAGAUUGGGCCGGAGAUAAAGGGGAUCGAAGAUCAAUGUCUAGUUACUUCACCUUGAUAGAGGAAAUCUUGUCACAUGGAGAAUCAAAAAACAGAAAGUUGUUGCUUUGUCAAGUGAUGAAGCAGAGUUCAGAGGGAUAG